AAUUGUAUCCAUGCGCACCAAAGGUUACAUACUUGCGCGAUGAUGUGUUAAAACGGAGUUUUUUUCAGCUGCGGAGGAGCAGGAAAAUUGGUACCUCAUUCAUUUGAGUUGGAAAGGCACUGUCUUAAAGUUGCAGUAAGAGGAGCAAUUUCAUCGGUGGGGAGUUUAAUCUUUUACUUCUCGCUCUUAAUUUCCAUUUGAAUGACAAACGCCAUUUUGCAGAAAAAGAAAAACCACACACGAGGAUUAAUAGGUCGUUUUGAAGAGCAGGAUGGCAGAUAAGUUGUUCCGAGCUGUCAUUUUGGGCCCCCCCGGCUCUGGGAAGGGGACCAUCUCUCAAAGGAUAGCUCAAUGCUUCGGCCUGCAGCAUCUGUCCAGCGGGGAUUUCUUACGAGAAAACAUCACAGCGAACACUGAGGCGGGAGUAUUGGCAAAGCAAUACAUAGAACAAGGUCUUUUGGUGCCAGAUCAUGUUAUAACACGUUUAAUGUUAAACAGACUGGAGAAAAUAACAAGACACAGCUGGCUUCUGGAUGGUUUUCCACGCACACUCGUGCAGGCAGAAGCUCUGAACAGCAUCUGCAGUGUCGAUGUCGUGAUCAGCCUGAACAUUCCCUUUGAGACCCUAAAAGAAAGGCUGAGCACUCGCUGGGUCCACCCCUCUAGUGGAAGAAUGUACAACAUGGAGUUCAACCCGCCACACAUACACGGCAUUGAUGACGUCAGUGGAGAGCCCCUAGUCCAGCAUGAAGAUGAUAAACCAGAUGUCGUUGCUGCACGGCUGAAAGAGUACAAGGGCAUUGCAAAACCAGUCAUAGAUCUAUACAAGAAGGAAGGUGUUCUACACUCCGUUUCGGGGACAGAAACCAACAAGAUCUGGCCCUAUAUUUAUUCACUGCUGUGCACCAAGAUCCCUCCAGUGGACCCAGAAGAGUCACAGCACCCUCCUCCUCUGUACAGCCAAUAGGGAGCAGAUACAGAUAAGGACAGGACUGUAUGUUAAAGGAAGUCUCCUACGACACCCAUAUCAUAGAUAAAUCCAACAUCUGUCUGGUAGAUAAACACAUUACUAUUACUAUCAUUGUUUGUUAAAUCACCCUCUUUAAGCGUACAGUUGAAAUGGACUUACAGCCUUGUUUCCUGAAACAAUGGCAUUUUAAAAGAAACCGGUAUUUUAUGCAAUUAUGCAUUGCUGUGGAAUCUUAAAUUCCUCUUGCAUUACCUUUAGAAAAAGGUACAUACAUACAUACAUACCUACAUUCAUUCAUGCAUGCAUACACACACUAGCUUCUAAGAAAUAAGAUGGUUUGCAGUUCUUGUUGAAAUAACAAACAAAUGGUGAAAAUGACUUAUAUCUGCAUUUUAUUCUUUAACGAGACUUGCCAACAGUGCAGAUGCACCUGCUAUAGUUCAGCACGCAGGUACAGUGGAUAGAGCAGUUCACCCUUCAGGGGAUGGCGUUACUGCAUUGUGAUGUGUUAGCUUCAUUUUCUCAAAAUCUCUUGCUAGAUUUUCAUAGACCACCCUCCUAGUCCUCUGAUCCUAGGUUGUUCACUGACCUGUUUGGUUCUUUGUCGCCACUUUCUAGAAUUCCUUCUAUGAAUAUUCUAACCGACUAUGAAGUGCUGAGUCACUGAGCAGCCGUUAAUCUCGUGGCAAUCUCACAGGUUUCAGACACCCUGCAAGUUUACAAGAUAUGCGUUACAUUACCUUUGCUGUCUCCAGAGUUGUCCAUGUUGUAGCAUUAUAUUUUUAAACACACAUCAUGAAUCAUAAAUCAACUGGGCAAUACAUUUCUCAACAUUUACUCUGGAUUGCAGUGUAUCCAUAUCACUCUCCCUCCUGCGACAAUGCCUUUUUCCUCUUCCCACAAUACAUUACUCAUUGGUGUCAGAGCACCAGCUUUGUUGCAGGAGGGAGCAUGAACUGGAUACGCUGCAAUGUUUAGAAGUAAAAAAAAAAACUCUUUCUUCCAGCAAACGUUUCGGAGUAAAAGUUGAAGAAAAAAAAAAGAUCCUCUAGUUUAUUUAACUAUGAUAUAAAAAACCUCAAGUAACGUGUUUCUUAUAGACAUUACAGGGGGUUCUGGAACUCUUUAAGGAGAUAUUCAUAACCAAAUAAAAGAAACAAAAUGCUGGAUGGGUGUCAGUGCUGGCAUCAGCAAUGGUCAUUUUAAUUGGUUUGUUUGACAGUGCCUCGACUCAGUAACACAAAAUAUAAUAUGCACAUCGCGGGGGGUAAGGUAUAUGUGGGCCUUAUUCACAAAGCUUUAACACAUUUAAUUAUCUGAAGACUAUUUUGAAGGAUUAAAUACAGUCUUCUAUUUAGUGGUAACACACUUAGGGGUAGAUGUACUAAAGAGUUGCACAUUGCACACCACAUGCAAACCAGUCGGAAGUGUAGUUCUUAUUU